GGAAAAGAAAACCUUGGUGCAGCUUACACUGCAUUCUCAAGAUGCGAAAAAAUAAAGAAAUUGGCACUUGUCGAACCAAUUACACAAGAACGACUGUUGUAUAUUAAUACACAUCCCCGUAUGAAAGCUAGACAAGAGGAAGAGAAACGACUAAAAGCAUUAUCUAAUGAAACUGUCAAAAAAUUCAAUAUUACUAUAGAAAAAUAUAUUAACUUGUUGAAAGAACUUGACGAGUAUUGUGAUGAUGGUAUUGAAGAUGCAGUUUGUUCUUCACCAUCUGUAGAUUGCACAUGUAUAAUAUGCCUAUGUAAUUCAUAAUGAUAAUUACAACCUAAAUUCACCUAUUUUGCAGAUGUUAUACAUUGAAAAACACUGCAUAGUGAAGUAAAAUUUCGAUUUAGAAAAUAGACAAAAUAAACAAUUGUCUGCCCAGGAAUUCGUAAUUAUUAGAUGUAAUAAGCCGAAGUAAAACACUUGAUUUAAUAUCAAUGUGUAGUAAGCUGUAUCCAAGAAUCAUGGCACAUAUUUUAAGUUCAACAGACAGAAUAGUUGUUUCUCAAAGCGACGGUCUGCCCAUGAAUUCGUAAUUAUGAAAAAAAAAUACAGAGAGGUUGCUAGGCACCGCAAUGAUGAACUCAACCUGUUAGGUCUUUGGAAAUAAACUAGAGGUUGUACUUCUCUCAACGAUGUGUUCAUUCACUUACUCACCUCCGAAGUGAUCGGACGUGUUUUCAUCCGUGUUUAUCCAAGUGUACUCAUGCACUAGAAAGCUCGAAGACAGCCUUUGCUAAUAUAACGGAAGUAUCAUUUUUUAUUUCUUUAACUUACAUUGAAAUGGCUUAUGCUUUAACUAAAACUGAUUUAAAGUCUAAAAAAGAGGAACUGAUUGAAAAGUUUCUUGACAUACAGACAGAGAGAGAUGCAUUGAAGGAAAUACAUGAUAAAUUAGACGCCAUUAAUUCUAAAUUUGAAGCACUUAAUAGCGACAUAGCGAUUUCGCAGAAUGUUACUUCCCUUCUCUGCAAAAGAGUAAGAGAACUUGAAAAAAAAUGCGGUAUGUCAGAACAGUAUUCCAGGCGUGAAUGUUUGGAGUUAGUGGGUAUUCCGGAAUCUGUUUCCCAUGAUUUACUUGAAGAUAAAGUUUUAGACAUUUUCAGUUCAAUAAAUGUAAAUAUUCAAAGUGUGAACGUAAAAGCCUGUCACCGCAUCAAACUAGGUCGUACGAUUGUUAAAUUGUCUAGGCGUAAGGAUGUGCAAUCCAUACUUUCUAAUAAAAAAAAACUUAAAGAUAUUGAUUCAACAAAGUUUGGUUUUGAUGGCGGUACCAAAUUAUAUAUAAAUGAAAGUUUGUGUGGGAUGUACCGUGGUCUCUGGUCGAGAUGUUAAAAACUUUACAAUAACGGUAUCUCUGGCUUUUGGACUUCAAAUGGAACAGUGAAGGUUAAAAUUAAUGAAGAUGGCAUCGUAAAUUCAAUCUUACACGAUACUGAUUUACAAGAAUUGUUUCCAAAUAUCAAUAUUAGUGAACUUCUUGAUUGAUUUUUUUUUCAUGUUUUAUUUGUCGAGUUUCGCGCCAUUUUUGUUCUCUGUUCUUUAUUUGGAUAAAAAGGCGUAUUUUUAUUUUUAUUUUUUUUCCCGCCGCCUUUUCCAUAUAUAUUUAUAGUAUUAUAGUAUGUUGUGCCUACCGAGAUCAUACUUUAUCUUAUGAUCGGUGUACCGUAAAUUUAGUUGUUAUUAUGAAUCCUAAACAUGGCUGUCUUU